GUUUUGUUUCAGUUCUUAGGUUUUCCGACAGUCACAGAGGAGAUAAUGAAUGCCCCAGUCCAAAAGACAAGGAGUAUGUCAACCCAAACUGAGGUGCCGAGGAAACGAGAUGUGAACAUUCAGGUGUGCAUUGAGGAGGCCAUGGUAUCUCAUAAAAAAUGCCAUAAAAGCAGGAAAUUUGAAUUCUUUACUGGACUUAAUGCAGCAGAUUUUGAGGCAUUGUACCAGUUCUUUGGAGGAAAUGAUUGUUUUUUGAGACUGAAGCUCAACUACAGAAUUGACACACCAAAAAAAUUGCAGCAGUCUCGGAUUGGUGGAAGGGACAGGUUGAUGAUGUUUCUCUUGAGACUGAGGCGAGGCUUACCCUUAGAAGAGUUGUCCUUCAUUUUUGGUAUCAGCCCGUCAUACGCAGGAGAGCUUUGCUAUGUUGUUACCAGAGUUGUAUUUCUCACAUUCAAGACACUGGAAGAGAAGAUUUUUAUCUCUGCUGCAAGACAGGCACAAAGUAAGCCUCGUAUAAUGAAGCCCUUCAAGAAUCUGAGAGUCAUUGUAGAUGGGGCAUACUUCCUUGUGCAAACACCAAGCAAUUUUCACCAGCAAGGAAAUACAUUUUCUAAAUAUAAGGAAAGUAAUGCCAUUGAACAUAUAAUUGGUGUCUCUUGUCAUGGUAGUGUCAUUUUUUGUAGCCCUGGCUUUGAGGCAAAUAUGUCAGAGAAAGAGGCUGUCCUGAACAGCAAUCUGCUUCAGAUGCUUUCGGAAGGGGAUUCUGUCAUGAGUGAUAGAGGUUUUGAACUUGUAGAAGAACUUCAGAUGAUUGGGGUCCACUUAUACAAACCACCAAACAAAUGUGGCGACCUGAGCCUGACUGCUGAACAGGAAAUUUUGACCAAACAAAUUGCAUCAGCAAGAAUUUAUUCUGAACAUGCUAUAGCGGACAUAAAAGACUGCCGACUACUGCAAUCCAAGGGUGUGCUCACUAUGCUCCCAGUGUGGCCCCAAUUGGUUUUCAUAUCAGCUAUGCUGACAAAUUGCAAAGAGUCACGGAUCAAGGACAAAAAUGUAGCUGUAGAAGAAUGUGACUCCUCUACUCAGUAAUUCACAGUGAUGUAACUUGUAUGUGUUUUUAAGUUAGAAGUAACAGUCAGAUUCUCUUAAGACUCACUUUAUAUUUCAAUUUUGUUGCACUUACUUCACCUAUGUGCUGGAAAGUGGAAUAGCGUUCAUUAUUCGUUCAUGCAUUUAAAUUUAAAAUUAGAGAUUAUUCUUUUUCAUGCAAAUUAGUUGUAU